CUCCUCCUCCAUGUGACUGAUCACAUGACGGUGACAUCAUCGCAGGUCCUGUAAGUACACGGCUCCUCUACAGAUACAGGUUUCUCCAAUCCAGGAUCCUCUGCUGAUAUCUUCUAUAUAAGAGAAUUCUCCUGGAUGACCCAUCAACCAUGGAGAGAGACAGAAACAAGAUGGCCGACAGGAUCAUAAACCUCACCCUACAGAUACUCUUCCGGCUUACUGGAGAGGAUUACACAGUAGUGAAGAAGUCCUCUAGUGGGCGCUGUCGGGCCCCUGUGUGUGAAGGAUGGGGAAGAACCCUGAGCCCAAUCCCGGGGCCCCCACCUCACUCCCUGAUACAUGAGGAAAUGGAUGAACAGAAGAUCCUAGAACUCAUCAACAAGAUGAUGGAGCUGCUGACUGGAGAGGGUGAAGAUCUGAACAAUAUUAAAGCUCCAGAGACAGAUGUGAGCGGUGAUGAGCAGUAUAAAGAGUACAUUCCUACAGGAAAAGAUCUGAACUAUAUUAAUGCUUUAAACAUAAUAGUAAAAGAAGAAGAAGAGACAGAUGUGAGAGGUGAUGAGCAGUAUAAGGAGGACAUUCCCACAGGGAAAGAUCUGAUAUAUCAUAAUACUACAGACAUAAAGGAAGAAGAAGAGACAGAUGUGAGCAGUGAUGAGCAGUAUAAGGAGGACAUUCCUACAGGUACCUGCACAGAUUCUUGUAGCAGGAGAUCAGAGGAGAAUCUUAUAUCUUCAGAUUAUAAAGCAGAUGAUGAUAUCACACAAGAUACAUAUGAAGAACAUUCCAUUAUCCCAGAUACACCCUCAGCCCUUCACAGCCAAGAUCUGUCAUCUCAUCCUUAUAUACAGGUCCUGUCUUCUCAUUCAUCACAGGAUGUUCAGCAAAAUAAAGGUCACAGAAGGGGUGUUGGACAUGAAAGAGAUCAUACAGGAAAUAAAUCAUAUUCAUGCUCAGAAUGUGGGAAAUGUUUUUCUUUUAAAUCAGGUCUUGUUCAACAUCAAAGAAUUCACACAGGAGAGAAGCCAUUUUCAUGUUCAGUAUGUGGGAAAUGUUUUACUCAGAAAUCAGACCUUGUUGUACAUCAAAGAACUCACACAGGGGAGAAGCCAUAUUCAUGUUCAGAAUGUGGGAAAUGUUUUACUUUUAAAUCAGGUCUUGUUGUACAUCAGAGAACUCACAAAGGAGAGAAACCAUAUUCAUGUUCAGAAUGUGGGAGAUGUUUUGCCCAGAAAUCAGAUCUUGUUAAACAUCAAAGAACUCACACAAGAGAGAAGCCAUUUUCAUGUGCAGAAUGUGAGAAAUGUUUUACUGAUAAAUCAUAUCUUGUCCAACAUAAAAGAAUGCACACAGGGGAGAAGCCAUUUUCAUGUUUACAAUGUGGGAAAUGUUUUACUCGGAAAUUAAAACUUGUUAGACAUCAAAGAACUCACACAGCAGAGAAGCCAUUUUCAUGUGCAGAAUGUGAGAAAUGUUUUACUCGGAAAUCAGCCCUUGUUAGACAUCAAAUAUCUCACACAGGAGGAAAACCAUUUUCAUGCUCGGAAUGUUGGAAAUGUUUUGCUCAGAAAGCAAUUCUUGUUCGACAUCAAAGAAUUCACACAGGAGAGAAGCCAUUUUUAUGUUCAGAGUGUGGAAAAUGUUUUACUAAUAAAUCAGAACUUGUUUAUCACCAAAGAACUCACACAGGAGAGAAGCCAUUUUUAUGUUCAGAGUGUGGAAAAUGUUUUACUUAUAAAUCACAAGUUGUUAAUCAUCAAAGAACUCACACAGGAGAGAAACCAUUUUCAUGUGCAGAAUGUGAGAAAUGUUUUACUCGGAAAUCAGCCCUUGUUAGACAUCAAAUGACUCACACGGGAGAAAAACUAUUUUCAUGCUCAGAAUGUGGGAAAUGUUUCACUCACAAAUCAGACCUUGUUGUACAUCGAAAAACUCACAAAGGAGAGAAGCCAUUUUCAUGUUCUAAAUGUAGGAAAUGUUUUACUCAGCAAUCACAUCUUCUUAAACAUAAAAGAACUCACACAUCUAUAUAUUAACCAUGUACAUAGGAUAGUUAACAGUAAUACAUACUUAUAUAUAUUUAUACAAUAUAUGCUUAAUCUGCUAAAAAAAUGAAGUGAACACUAAGAUAACACAUCGUAGAUCUGAAUGAAUGAACUAAUCGUAUGAAAUACUUUCCUCUUUACAUAGUUGAAUGCGCUGACAACAAAAUCACACAAAAAUUAUCAAUGGAAAUCAAAUGUAUCAACCCAUGGAGAUCUGGAUAUGGAGUCACACUCAAAAUAAAGGGGAAAACCCCACUACAGGCUGAUCCAACUUUAUGUAAUGUCCUUAAAACAAGUCACAAAGAGGCUCAGUAGUGUGUGUGGCCUCCACGUGCCCGUAUGACCUCCCUACAACGCCUGGGCAUGAUCCUGAUGAGGAGGAGGAUGGUCUCCUGAGGGAUGUCCUCCCAGACCUGGACUAAAGCAUCCGCCAACUUCUGGACAGUCUGUGGUGGAUGAGACAUGAUGUCCCAGAUGUGCUCAAUCGGAUUCAGGGGAACGGGCGGCCAGUCCAUAGCAUCAAUGCCUUCCUCUUGUAGGAACUGCUGACACACUCCAGCCACAUGAGGUCUAGCAUUGUCUUGUAUUAGGAGGAACCCAGGGCCAACCGCACCAGCAUAUGGUCUCACAAGGGGUCUGAGGAUCUCAUCUCCGUACCUAAUGGCAGUCAGGCUACCUCUGGCAAGCACAUGGAGGGCUGUGUGACCCCCAAAGAAAUGCCACCCCACACCAUUACUAACCGACCGCCAAACCGGUCAUGCUGGAGGAUGUUGAAGGCAGCAGAACGUUCUUCACGGCGUCUCCAGACUCUGUCACGUCUGUCACAUGUGCUCAGUGUGAACCUGCUUUCAUCUGUGAAGAGCACAGGACACCAGUGGUGAAUUUGCCAAUCUUGUGUUCUCUGGCAAAUGUCAAAUGUCCUGCACGGUUUUGGGCUGUAAGCACAACCCCCGCCUUCAUACCACCCUCAUAGAAUCUGGUUCUGACUGUUUGAGUGGACACAUGCACAUUUGUGGCCUGCUGGAGGACAUUUUGCAGGGCUCUGGCAGUUCUCCUCCUCGCACAAAGGCGGAGGUAGCGGUCCUGCUGCUGGGUUGUUGCCCUCCUACUGCCUCCUCCACGUCUCCUGAUGUACUGGCCUGUCCCCUGGUAGCGCCUCCAUGCUCUGGACACUACGCUGACAGACACAGCAAACCUUCUUGUCACAGCUCGCAUUGAUGUGCCAUCCUGGAUGAGCUACACUACCUGAGCCACUUGUGUGGGUUGUACACUCCGUCUCAUGCUACCACUAGAGUGAAAGCACCGCCAGCAUUCAAAAGUGACCAAAACAUCAGCCAGGGAGCAUAGUAACUGAGAAAUGGUCUGUGGUCACCCCCUGCAGAACCACUCCUUUAUUGAGGGUGUCUUGCUAAUUGCCUAUAAUUUCCACAUGUUGUCUGUUCCAUGUGAAAUUGAUUGUCAAUCAGUGUUCUUCCUGAGUGGACAGUGGGAUUUCACACAAGUGUCAGUGACUUGGAGUUAUAUUGUGUUGUUUACGUGUUCCCUUUAUUAUUUUUGAGCAGUGUAUAUUACACAUUUGGCACGUGGCUGCGAUUUGUGAUGUCCUGUAUUAGCCGCAAGUCCCAGGUGUUGAUGGCCGCCGGGACCGUCGCAGGGUCACCACGUGGAGCCGGCGCAGGACGUAAAUAUACGUCCUGCGUCAUUAAGGAGUUAAAGUAAUAAAAUAAAACCUAUAUAAAUUAAGUAUCCUUGUAACCGUAUGGACCUACAGAAUAAUGAUAAGGUGUCAUUUUUACCGAAAUGUGCACUGCGUUGAAACGGAAGCCCCCAAAAGUUACAAAAUGGCGUUUUUUUUCUAGUUUCGCUGUAAAUUUUGUGGUAAAAUGAUUGAUAUCAUUACAAAGUACAAUUAGUGAUGCAAAAAAUAAGCCUCAUAUGGGUCUGUAGGUGCAAAAUUGAAAGCGGUACCAAUUGGCACCAAUAAAAACUACAGACCACGGCGCAAAGAAUGAGCCCUCAUACCUCCCCGUAUACAGAAAAAUAAAAAAGUUAUGGGGGUCAGAAAAUGAAAAUGACUAAAUCACUAAUUUUGGUGCAUGUAGUUAUAAUUUUUAGUAGUAAAAUAAAAUAAAACCUAUAUAAAUUGGGUAGCCUUGUGACUGUAUGGACCUACAGAAUAAAGAUAAGGUGUUAUUUUUACAGAACAGUGCACUGCGUAGAAAGGGAAGCCCCCCAAAAUUACAAAAUGGUGUUUAUUUUUUUUUCAAUUUUGUCCCACAAUUUUUUUUCAUGUUUCACUGCAGAUUUUGUGGUGAAAUGAUUGAUGUCAUU